CACAAAACAGAGCAAAACAGAGUAAGAGCGGCUUCGAUCUCUUCUCUUCCGAUCUCAAUGAGUUCUCUCAAUUUUCUCCAUUGUAUAGUCUGUCAAUCCUCUUCGGAAUCGGAGUCGAGCCCAAUGGAUCCUUUUCGAUGUGCUGUCGCCGGAGGAGGAGGUUCCCCGCUUCCCUUCGACAUGAACGACGCUGAAGAGAUGCUCUUGCUCGACAUGCUCAUGGAGACCCCGAGUAUGUCUUCCUCGUCGGAGACAAUGACUAGCAGAGGAGGAAGCCAAGAGAUAGAGUCUCCGAACGCUGAACCGGAGGCUGUGACCGUGCUGGAGAAGAGCUACCGGGGGGUGCGGAAGCGGCCGUGGGGGAAGUUCGCGGCGGAGAUCCGGGACUCGACCCGGCAGGGGGUGCGGGUGUGGUUGGGGACCUUCGACAGCGCGGAGGCCGCCGCGCUAGCCUACGACCAGGCCGCAUUGGCCCUGCGUGGGGCCGCGGCGGUGCUCAACUUCCCGGCUGAGAGCGUCCGGGAGUCGCUGCAGGGGAUGGGGAUCGAGCCGACGGGCUCACCGGUGUUAGCCCUCAAGAAGAGGCAUCGCAUCAGGCGGCGGCCGGCGGGGAAGAGGUGCAAAACGGAGUCCAACCCCGCCUGCGAAACAGUGGUGGAGUUGGAGGACUUGGGAGCAGAGUACUUGGAGGAGCUCUUGAGACUAUCAGAGCUCGCAUGACGUCAUCAUAUCUAUCUAUCUAACGAUAGAUACUUAAUUAGAUAUCAAAUAUCAAUUGACUUGAGAAAAGAGAUGUUAAAUUCCAUGGCGUCAUUAUGCUUGUAGUGUGGCUGUGUGGGGAUAAAAGGAAAAUGGGCAUGUAAAUACUUUAAUCUCAGAUCCAUUGAACCUUUGCUAAGCUAACGCUCGAACACUCCAGCGAUGUUUACAUUCAGUGUUUGGCUUCUGGAAGGGGCAAUCUAA